AUGGCUGAAGUCAAACGUAAUUAUUCAGAUAUUAUCACCUCUCCAUUAGAUUCACCAGACGAAGAUUUCAAUGAUCCAAAAAAAUUACAUACAAAACCUGGGAGAAAACCUUUAGAUACUGAACCAAAAUCUAAAAGAACUGCACAAAAUAGAGCAGCACAAAGAGCUUAUCGUGAAAGGAAAGAACGUAAAAUGAAAGAUUUAGAAGAUAAAGUAAAAUCAUUAGAAGAUGAAAAUGUAAAAGCUACAACAGAAUCAGAUUUUUUAAAAGCUCAAGUUAAUAUUUUAAAAGCUGAAUUAUCAAAAUAUAGAGGUACAACUGAUUUCCUGGAUUUAAAUUUACCAAGUAAAGUCGGACAUUUAAGUAAUCCAAAUUCCAAAACCAACAAUUCAAAUCCAAUAGAUUUAUCACCUCCAAGUAAUGAAAUACAUAAUUCCGAUCGUUCAAGUCUGGAUUCAAAUAAAAAUUCAAUAUCAGAUAAAGCUUCUACACGUUCAUCAGUAUCAAAUCAUAAUGUUUCUUUUGGAUUACCUUGGUCAAAAGAAAAUUUAAAAUUUAUAAGACAACAACAAGAACAACAUACUUCAGAUGGGAAUGUGCCAGAUUUAGUAUCUGGUUCAUCUUCUUCAACUACUCCACUUAAUGAUAAUGUAUUAAUUUCACCAGAUUCAUCAGAAGCCAAUAAUAUACCCACUAACAAGAAUAAUCUAGAUUUUACUCAUACAUUUGAAGAAGAAAUAGAUCCAUUUUGUAGUAAAUUAGGUGAAGCAUGUGGAACAAAACAAAAUCCAAUACCGAAACAAAGAAGAUCAAUUGAAGGUGAUCGUUUAAAAUUUUCAAGAACAAAUUCAACUCAAUAUAAUUCACCAUUUUCAAAUAUAUCACCAAAUACUCAAAGUAAUUAUACCAUAGAUCCAGAAAAUCAAUAUAAUGAUCCAUUUCUUAAUAAUAUAAGUGAUUUUAAUUUUAAUUUGGUUGAUAAUAAAUAUAAAACUGAUAUAGAUGAUCCAUUAAGCUUUUUAAACGAUAAUAAUUUUGAUGUAUCAUUAGCAUUUGGUGAAACAAAUAAAGAUAAUAAAACUCAAGAUCCAAUAGAUCUUUUAACUACAGAAGAAUCAAUUUAUGAUCCAGUUAUUAAAGAAGAAAUAAAUACAAAUUUUAAUUUUAAUGAUUUUAUUAAAAAUUCAAUACCAGAAAGAAGAGAAUCUUCUAUUAAAAAUGAUGUAUUUGAAGAUAAUGAUAAUGAUGAUAAUGAAGUUGUACCAGCUCCACAAUCUACUUUAAAAUGUAGUGAAAUUUGGGAUAGAAUAACGGCACAUCCAAAAUAUACUGAAUUAGAUAUAGAUGGAUUAUGUAAUGAAUUAAAAAAUAAAGCAAAAUGUUCAGAAAAGGGAGUUGUUAUAAAUACAAAAGAUGUGAAUAGUUUAUUGGCAAGAUAUAAAUCGUGA